AUGACGAGCAACGUCAGCCUUGUGCGCGGAGCACUCAAGCUCAAUCCUCACUACUCUAGGAACGGUCUGAAGUCUUACGUUCACGCUCUUCAGAAAUGGAACAUCGGCCCAACAGUCGAUGGUCCUUACUGCAUGGUCAACCAGAUCGAGCAGCAAGGUCAGCAGGCUAUCUUCAAGAAGUUCGGAAAGAAGAUUGGAGGCAGAGCUCAUAUCAAAGGACAUGUCCUUGCGAAGAAAGACAGCUCUGGCCAGACUGGAAAUGUUCCUGCUCAAGACGUCGAAAGUAAUGCUGAGUAUCUUGCCACUGUUGGCAUCGGCACCCCAGCCCAGAACCUUGCCCUCGAUUUCGAUACUGGCUCUGCAGACCUCUGGGUUUGGUCAACAGAGCUCCCAUCAUCUACGAGAAGUCAAUACGGGAGCCAGCACACUAUUUUCGACUCAUCUAAGAGUUCUACGUUCAAAAAGUCGUCGGGCUCUACGUGGCAGAUUCAGUACGGUGAUGGGUCCACGGCAUCGGGUGAUGUUGGGACAGACAAUGUCAACGCUGGCGGAUUAGUCGUUGAGAAUCAAGCCAUCGAGUUGGCAAAGACUUUGAGCGCUCAAUUCGAACAAGGACCCGGCGAUGGACUGCUUGGUCUUGCAUUCGGCAGCAUCAACACCGUCCAGCCCACCCCAGUCAAUACGCUUGUGGAGAACAUGAUUGCGCAACAGGACAUUCAGCAAAACACAGAGCUUUUCACUGCGUACCUGGGCAGCACCCCUCCAAGCAGCAGCUCGUCCGGCUCCGGCACUACCAGCAGCAGUGGUGAUGCUGAGAGCUUCUACACCUUUGGCUACAUCGACCAGCAGGCUACCAAUGGCCAGACACCAACGUACACUCCGGUUGAUAGCUCGCAAGGCUUCUGGAUGUUCGACUCUACUUCUGCGAAAGUCGGCGAGAAGACCGUGACUCGUAGCGGCAACACCGCCAUCGCUGACACUGGUACGACGCUUGCCCUCGUUGGCGAUGACUUGUGUGAGGCGGUGUACGGUGCCAUCCCCGGCGCGAAGCAGAACACACAGCAGCAAGCUUGGGUGUUCCCAACCAGCACCGACCUCUCCUCCCUCCCCAAGAUCCAAUUCGCCGUUGGCGACAACCUCUUCACCGUGAACCCGGAGGAGCUUCCAUUCCAGGACCUAGGCGAUGGCACAUAUUAUGGUGGCAUCCAGUCUCGCGGCGAUCAAGACUUUGACAUCUUUGGUGAUGUUUUCUUGCGGUCGGUCUAUGCGAUCUUCGACCAGGGGAACAAGCAGUUCGGAUGUACGCAGAGGGCGUCGACUCUGAGCUCUUCCAGCUCUUGA